AUGUCUGAGCUAGACGUUCCCCCAAAUAAAUACAGCGAAUUGCGGAGUACCUAUAAAAACUACAUCGAUUUGUAUACUGCGCUGUAUCGGUUAAAAACGGAAAAUGAAGAAGAAUUAAACUCAAUUUACAAAUUAAUCAAAGCAGAAUUGAUUGAUUCAAAGAAGCAUCUUCCACAACGCAUAACUGCAGAUAUUUUAAAUAUCAUUCCGUAUAAUAAUCGCUAUACAAAGUCAUAUUUAUCUCUUGCCAAACUCAUUACUGACGAAUAUCAUGUGAAAGAGGUCAUAAGAGUUGAAAACGUUUCAGACUUCUUGUUUUAUAAAGAAUAUGGAAUUAAAUUGGGCGUCUUUGCUGAUUUCGAAAAUUUUAAAACAGGAAACCUCGAUAUUCAUGCAGAAAAUACAAUUUACAGAGCAAUUAUGUAUUAUGACUUAGAAGCAUUUAUUGCAUUUACAGAAGGAGAAGGAUUUGAUGGAAAUCAAAAACUUAAAAGCAGAUUAUAUCCAUAUUCUUAUUAUGGAUAUUCAUUACUUGAAUUAUGUUGUUAUCAUGGAUCAGUUGAUUGUUUCAAACUCCUAAGAACAAAAUUUCAUUCAGAAAUCACUCAAACAUGCUUAGAGCUUUCAUUUUUAGGAGGAAAUCCAGAGAUUAUGAGUGAAUGUUUGAAAUAUCAAAAACCAGAUAAAAAAUGUAUGGAAUAUGCAAUUAUCUCACACAACAUUGAUUUUGUUUCAUUCUUAAUGAAUGAAUACAAUUUAAAUAUCGAUUUAGAAUAUUGCGGAAAAUAUAAAAUUCUAGAUUCCUUUUUGGUUUAUUUCGAUCAAACAAAUGAUAUUGAUAAAUGCUUUUUUUAUUCUACGAUAUUUGAUAUAAAAUCCCUUUGUGAAUAUUUCCUUUCACAUGGUGCACAUAUAAAUACAAAAAAUUGUUACAAUAGCACAGUACUUCAUAAUGCAGCAAGGGAAAAUAAUAAAGAAUUAGCCGAACUUCUUAUUGCAUUUGGUGCAAAAAUCAAUGAAAAAGAUAAUAAUGGAGCUACCGCUCUUCAUAGAGCAGCAUAUGGUAAUACUAAAGAAACUGCCGAACUUCUUCUUUCACAUGGUGCAAAUAUCAAUGAAAUAGAUUAUGAUAGGCAAACAGCUCUUCAUAAUACAGCAAUUUAUAAUCGUAAACAAACAGCGGAGUUUCUAAUUUCACAUGGUGCAAAAAUCAAUGAAAAAAAUAAGUCUGGAGAAACCGCUAUUCAUAUUGCAGCAUAUUAUAAUCGUAAAGAAAUAGCCGAACUUCUCCUUUCUCAUGGUGCAAAAAUCAAUGAAAAAUAUAAGUCUGGAGAAACCGCUAUUCAUAUUGCAGCAUAUUAUAAUCGUAAAGAAAUAGCCGAACUUCUCCUUUCUCAUGGUGCAAAAAUCAAUGAAAAAUAUAAUAAUGGAGCUACCGCUCUUCAUUAUGCAGCAUAUUGUAAUACUAAAGAAACUGUCGAACUUCUUCUUUCACAUGGUGCAAAUAUCAAUGAAAUAGAUAAUGGUGGAAAAACAGCUCUUCAUAAUACAGCAAUUUAUAAUCGUAAACAAACAGCGGAGUUUCUAAUUUCACAUGGUGCAAAAAUCAAUGAAAUAGAUAAUGAUGGAAAAACAGCUCUUCAUAUUGCAGCAUAUUAUAAUAGUAAAGAAACAGCCGAACUUCUCAUUUCACAUGGUGCAAAAAUCAAUGAAAAGGAUAAUAAUGGGCAAACUGCUCUUCAUUAUGCAGCCAAAAAUAAUCGUAAAGAAAUAGCCGAACUUCUUAUUUCACAUGGUGCAAAAAAUAAUGUUCUUACAUAA